CUCUUACCUCUUCCCUUGCCUCCUCCCCAGGCCAAAGACAGCGACGAUGAAGAAGAGGUGGUUCACGUGGACCGGGACCAUUUUAUGGAUGAAUUCUUUGAGCAGGUGGAAGAGAUCCGGGGCUGCAUAGAGAAGCUGUCGGAGGAUGUGGAGCAGGUGAAGAAGCAGCACAGCGCCAUCCUGGCUGCUCCCAACCCAGACGAGAAGACCAAGCAGGAGCUGGAGGACCUCACGGCCGACAUCAAGAAAACGGCCAACAAGGUGCGCUCCAAGUUGAAAGCCAUCGAGCAGAGCAUUGAGCAGGAAGAGGGGCUGAACCGAUCCUCGGCCGACCUACGGAUCCGUAAAACACAGCACUCCACCCUGUCCCGUAAGUUCGUGGAGGUGAUGACCGAGUACAACGCCACCCAGUCCAAGUACCGGGACCGCUGCAAGGAUCGGAUCCAGAGGCAACUGGAAAUAACUGGCCGGACAACCACCAACGAGGAGCUGGAGGACAUGCUGGAGAGCGGCAAAUUGGCUAUUUUCACUGAUGAUAUCAAAAUGGACUCACAGAUGACGAAACAGGCUCUGAACGAGAUCGAGACCCGGCAUAACGAGAUCAUCAAACUGGAGACCAGCAUCCGGGAACUGCACGACAUGUUUGUGGAUAUGGCGAUGCUGGUGGAGAGCCAGGGGGAGAUGAUAGACCGCAUCGAGUACAACGUGGAGCACUCCGUUGACUAUGUGGAGCGAGCCGUGUCCGACACCAAGAAAGCUGUAAAAUACCAGAGCAAGGCUCGGAGGGUGAGCGCGGGGACGGGAGGGGCGGGGGGACCCCACCUGCUCCUCAGUGAGGAGGGAGGCUGAGCCCCCCAGAAACCCAGACCCACAUCGUGUCCUCCCCCACCGGGGGCAGGUCAGCGCCGGGACCUUCCUCCUGCUCCCAGCUGCCCCCGCCCUUCUCCUCCUCGCUC